AUGACGUCCGAAAAAGGAUGCAGGAAAGAAAAGAAUCAGAAUAUUCAAGUGUUCGUUCGACUAAGGCCCCUAAAUCAGCGUGAGCGCGAUAUUAAAUCUUUGGGGGUGGUUGAGGUGGUGAAUGGACGGGAGGUGGUGGUGCGUCAGUCACAGCAGACCUCACACACAAAGAGGUUCACUUUUGACAGGGCUUUCGGACCUCAUGCAAAGCAGGUGGAGGUAUACCAAGAAGUGGUGAGCCCCCUAAUCGAGGAGGUGCUGGCUGGAUACAACUGCACGGUGUUCGCUUACGGCCAGACAGGAACUGGCAAGACUCACACAAUGGUCGGUGAGAGCACAGGCGAUGAGACUACCUGGCAAAAUGACCCACUGGCCGGCAUCAUUCCCCGUGCCCUCAGUCAGCUGUUCGACGAGCUACGUCUCACGAAUACAGAGUACACGGUCCGGGUCUCUUACCUGGAGCUUUACAAUGAGGAGCUGUUCGACCUGCUCGCCUCCUCGGACGACAACUCUAAGCUGCGCAUCUACGAGGACGUAUCCAGGAAGGGCUCCAACAUCGUCAACGGGCUGGAGGAGAUAACGGUAUACAACAAGAACGAGGUGUACAAGAUUAUGUCGCAGGGACAAGAGCGGAAGAGGGUCGCGUCAACGCUGAUGAACGCGCAAUCUAGCCGCUCGCACACGGUGUUCACGAUCGUGGUGCACAUGAAGGAGAACAGCCCCGAGGGCGAGGAGCUGGUGAAGAUCGGCAAGCUGAACCUGGUGGACCUGGCCGGCUCGGAGAACAUCAGCAAGGCGGGCUCCGACAACCCGGCCAAGCGCGAGCGGGCGCGCGAGUGCGUCAACAUCAACCAGUCGCUACUAACCCUCGGCCGCGUCAUCACCGCACUGGUCGAGCGCCACCCCCACAUUCCGUACAGGGAGUCAAAGCUGACGCGGAUCCUGCAGGAGUCUCUGGGCGGUCGCACCAAGACGUCCAUCAUCGCGACCGUUUCUCCGGGUCACAAGGACCUCGAGGAGACGAUGAGCACCCUGGAGUAUGCUAACCGCGCCAAGAACAUCCAGAACAAGCCUGAGGUCAACCAGAAGAUGACCAAGAAGGCCAUUCUUAAGGAGUAUGCAGAGGAAAUUGACCGACUUAAGCGGGAUCUGCAAGCUGCUAGAGACAAAAACGGCGUGUAUCUCGCAAAUGAAACCUUCGCCGAGAUGACGCUGAAACAAGAGGAACAAAGGAAAGAGAUACAAGAGCUCCUGCUGAGGAAGAGAGCCAUGGAAGAGGAGAGAGACCGCAUGGAGUCUGUGUUCAGCGAUCAGGGCCAGAAGCUGCAAGAGAGGGAGAGUGAGCUCAACAACACAAGAGAUAUUCUAAACAAAACCAAGAUGCAGCUCGCCAACACGUGCAAUAUGCUGCAGAGCACGCAAAGCCAGUUCGAGGAACAGAAACAAUUGCUGGAGUUCCAGCGGAGGGUGGAGAGAGAGCUGAGCGCGCAGGCGCGCCAGAUCCUGGCCGCGGCGGACCAGGCCACCUCGCAUCUGCAAUUCCUGCACGACGCCUUCGACAAGCGCAAGUCCGUGGAGGCGCGCAACGCGGAGCUGACGGCUGGGUUCCGCGCGGCCUGCGCCCAGCGGCGCGAGCGGCUCGGCGGCGCCGCCGACGCCUGCGCCGGAGCCCUGGCCGCCUCUCUGCACAGGGCCCGGGAAGCCCUAGAACAUCACACUACUGAGAACAUACAAGCAUAUAAGGAUAGUAAAAAUAAAUUGGAUGAGUUAGUUAGGAAUGCGACGGAAGCGAUGAGUUCGCUUGCCCAAUUAGAGAACAAACUGCUAACAGACAUGAACACCAGCACUCUUGAGCAACAAGAACAGAUGCGAACCACACUGCAAACGCAGAGUGGGCAGCUGCAGAGCGGUUUAGAACAAACUGCACACAACACAGUUGGGGUGCUGCGGAAUGUUGCAGAGUUGGACCUGCAGGCAGCCGUUAUCUCUUACUUGGAGGAAUGGAGGGCGGUGGCAGCGGGUGCGGUGGGCAGGGCGAAGGCGGGCGGGGCGGCGCUGGGGGCGGGCGGGGGAUCGCUGGGCGGCGCGUGGGCGGCGGCUGCGAGCAGGCAGGCCCGCGCCAGGGCGCUUCACCUGCGCCGCCUCGACGCCGCCGUGCGCACGCACCGACAGCUAAUGAUGGAAGACAAAGAAUACACGGAAAAAAAGUUAGCCGAACAAAUUGCGACCAUAGAAAAAGAGAGGGCAGAUACUGAGACGCGCUUGACAGAGUGGGCAGAAGAGGAGAGACGAAUUCUAGAAGAACGUAUCGCACGUCAUGUGGAAAGGGAACGGACGGCCCUAGAAGAGAGACUUAAAAGUAGAAGAGAGAACAUAGAAGAGCAGAGAAGGCAAUUUGAAGAGAGAAUGACAUACAGCCUUGAGUGGCUUAAUGCAAUACUAAGUAUCAAUGAACAAGAGAGUGAAACAGCGGAAGGAGAUCUUAGACAAAAUGAGGACGAGGUUAAGGAGCAUUUGGUUAAAAUUGAUAAUUUAACACAGCAGUGUGAUGAAGAAUUGAAUGCAGUAUCGGCCAAUGUGGAGUCAUUGAGUGCAAAUGUUAUAAAUGUAGUUGGACAAGUGAAAAAUCAAAUAUUGGACGCUUUAAAUCAAGCUACAGAGAAGGUUAAGGUGGAGACGGACAGUAUGACAUCGACGAACAGGCGAGUAACGGAAGAGCUGACGGUCACCUUAGAGGCCGCAACAAGUGCAGUUGCUCAGAACUGCACGCAAACAAUGGACGAGAUUGUACGCGUGGUCAAUCUGAACAAUACGUCGACGAUACAACAGCUAUCGAGUGUUACUUCAAGCAUAAUGACUUUGCAAACCUCCGCUGAGUCCCAUCGGAGCAAGCAGAGCGAGAACAUGAACGCGACGCAGAGAGAGUUGGAGCAGUUCUAUUCGAGUCUACGGGAGGAAUUAAGUGGCCAGGAGGAGUUGGAAGAGAAGUGUCUGAAGGAGGAGUUCAAGGUUUACUCGCCGACAGGUCGCACCCCGCUGCGGCGCGUGUACCGCUACCCGCGGCGGCUGGCGAGCGGCGCCGCCGCGCCCCUCCGCUGCGGACGCCGCCCUGAUGACGACGAGUGUGUUGUUGUGGAGUGCGAGGAGAGCCGCGCGACGAGCGAGUGCGAGACAUCGGGCUCCGAUGAGUCGACGUUUGUGGCGCCCUCGCCCCCCUCGCCCCCCUCGCCCCCCUCGCCCCCCGCCACCAGGCAGGUGCUUAAAUGCACCUCGGAGACGGAUAUAUACGCGCGCCAACGCCAGGAGAUGGAGAGGGGCAAGGAGAACGUGAACCGCUCCAUGUCGUUCAGGAAGCCUUCUAAACUGCCGGCGCCCGCUUCGCACAAGAAGCCCCUAAUCGAGCGCAAC